CUCUUAAAAUUUUUACAUCACAUUCAAUAAAUUAAGACUUUGAGAAUUUGGGACUCAUGGAAUAGAUAUAUACCCAUCUCUCUUCUUCUUUUUCCCCGAAAAGACACAGUCAAAGCGAGCAAGGCUGAGAAAAAACAGUAAGAGAAGAAAGAUAUAUAUAUAUAUGUAUGUAUAUAUAUAUAUAUACUCAUAGGAUGAAGACGCUCUUGUUGAGUGCCGUGUUUGUUUUAGAGAUUUGUUCGCAGCUAAUCGGCGGCGGCGGCGCAGGUGGCUCCGCCGUCAAGUUUCUUCCCGGAUUCGACGGCCCUCUGCCCUUCAACCUUCAAACCGGGUACAUAGGCGUGGGAGAUUCAGAAUCAGUGCAGCUCUUCUACUACUUCAUCCAGUCACAGUCCGGUCAUCCGGAGUCCGACCCGCUCUUUCUUUGGAUCAACGGCGGACCCGGUUGCUCCACUCUUUCCGGCAUCAUUUUUGAGAUUGGUCCCAUAACAUUCGCACCGUUGAAAUAUAAUGGGAGCUUGCCCACAUUAAUAUCACGCCCCUAUUCAUGGACAAAGGUACCCAUUGUAAUUUGAACUCCAUUGUUUUUUUGUUCUUUAUUGUUGUUGUUGUU